AUUCUAAGGUAAAAUAAGGUUCACUUUUAAUGCUUGUACUAAUAUAAUGAAUUAUUAACUCGUCCAGACCUACUGUGUUAGACGACAGGGCAUCAAAUGAUAAACAAGAAGAGCCCUCAGAGAGCGCAGCACUCCGUCCAGGCUGCUCAGUCGUAUCAUUUCCAGCAGAUGAAAUCAAUUUGUAGUCCAUAGUAGUGGAUUCGUAGUAGGAUCACAACCAUGUGAUCGUCAGCAAGCAUCUAACAUAGAGUUCACUUGUAGUCAUAGUUACAGGGACGCCGUGCCGCUAUGUCGCAAUUACACAGAAAUCUCUAGCCAUUCCAUGGAUUCAGACUGCCAGAAUCUAAUCAAUUGGUCCUUGUGUCAUUUCUGACCUUCCCUGAAAAUUUCAUCCAAAUCCAUUGGUCCGUUUUAGACUAAUGUUGUGCACAGACAGACAGACAGACAGACGACAGUUGUCAAGUAAUUCCGCCGCUUUCCUUGGUGGGGUUAAAAUCUCUUUUAUGGGCGUAACUGGGAAAAAAACACUGUCAUUAGCCUGCAUACUCAAAGCUGCAUUAUAACACAGGCUGGUUAGUUUAGUUAUUAGAUUUUCAAAAUAAAAGGGACAUGAUAAUGUUCAUACAUGUUGUUUCUUUGUUCUGAAAAAAGUCUAAAUGUUAAACAUCUUUGCAUUUUCAUUAAACAUAAAAACAAGUUACAUAGAAAUUGAGAAUGCAUUCACAUGUUGCCUAGUAUUUUACACUACAAUCAGUGUUAGCAUUAUGAACACUAGCAUUGGUGUUGGUGGGAUGUGUGCAGGACGUGCAUGGAAUUCCAUCAUAAGUUAUUCUGUUGUGGUUCACUUUGUCAGUCAUACAUUAAAUUUAGGUUGAUGAAAGCAGUAAACAUGCUGCAGAUGUACCCGAGAGAUCUCUCUGAGGAGACAGACCACAUUUCUUUGUCCAAUUUAUCAUUUCUUGACUUCUUUUUCUCUCUUAAAAAUUCCGUUGGAGCUUUUUUUGGUUGUCAUUCAGGCAGCUUGAGCACCAGCUACCAGCUGGACUGAUAACAAACAGUUGAAGCAUUUAUCAAAAUGACAGUAAACCAGCAGUAAUUAUUCUCUGGUACCAUUGAAAACCGAGUGCCUUCUUCUUUCUGCAUUUUUAUGAGUGAUGGGUAAGGUCUCAAAUCCAUUACGAAACAGCAGAACUGAGUCGGUUAGCAACGGCUCUGCAUCAGAGUAUGAUUUAGAAAUGUUGUUGUAUGCUUUGGAGAAUUUUUCAAGCACACUCAAUUUGUUCUUCAGUCAUAAUUGGGAAAAUAGCUGUGUUUGAUAAUGGGGCAUAAUUUACUGGAUGUUCCUGAAGCUGAAACUCAGCUUGCCUCCAUUCUUUUCCUCAUUUAAUCAAAAAUAGAACAUUUGAGGUUGUUUAUUCGUGUUUAAUGAGCAAAUAGAUAUCAGAUACCACCAUCUGGGACUGUAGUGUUGACAAAACUGACACUAAACAUCACCAAUUAUCUGGGAUUGUGCUUCCUGUUCAGUUCUUUGCACACUUCGUAGCUUAUUGACAUUAAAAUUUGUAUCCGUGUGGGUUCAGCAUGAUACGAUCUUAAUGCUGGCUGGAUGUUUUGCGGCAAUGGAUGUGCUGAGAAGAGAAUAAUCAGAUAUACAUGGAUUGAGGGAUGCGCCUCGUGGUGCAGCGCAGUCAUCCUGUAUGGCAGAUGUAAUAACUGCCAGGAGGAGGCGCUUAUCUCACACUGUGCAGAAGCACCACUGAGGAACUGAAUCACACACACACACACACACAUGCAAGAAAAAAGAAUAUUUCCCCAGUUAUCAAAGCCCAAAGCGUGUGUCUUUUAUGAUUUAGCUGCCUCGACAUUACCACAUUAUGGAUGACAAUGGAGUCGAGUAUAACAGAGCUGAAAUUCGGGGAGCAUAACAAAAAGAUGAAAAGCCAUGAUACGACACAUAUCACAACAUUUCCACACCAGGUCUUGGAAUUUGUCAACGAAACAAUAACUGCAGUUAAACUUGGGCACUUGGAGUGCUGCGCAGUAAAUCACAGCGACAGUAAUGAUAGCUACAAUACGUGUUGAGUGUUUGUUUUAUGGAGAGGAUUGCUGACUUGUUUAUUUACAAGAGAAAAAGACAGAUGAGAGGCACAAGCUAAUCUCUUUGUAAUUACAGCAUAAUAAGUGUAUUAUUAGACUGUAAUAACCGUAAUUAGCCAGUCUGGUUGCACUUGUUGUGAGAAACUGGAGCCUCACACAACAUUAUCUAGCUUACAGUAGCUAACAAUAUACUGUGUGAGCAAAUAUUAAACUUUAAUUCUACUGAUUGGUGUAUCUACAGAGCCCAGAGGUACAUUUUUUUUUUGUCAUAUCUCACAGGUGUUUUAUUCUCUAUUUCCACCUUUUAAUUGCUUUAACUGCACCUUUCAGAGUGUCCUUUUAUUGUGGGCAGUCUAAGGCACACCUGUGCACUAAUCAUGGUGUCUAAUCAGCAUCUUGAUAUGGAACACCUGUGAGGUGGGAUGGAUUAUCUCAGCAAAGGAGAAGUGCUCACUAUCACAGACUUAGACAGAUUUGUGAACAAUAUUUGAAAGAAAUGGUGAUAUUGUGUAUGUGGAAAAAUUUUUAGAUCUGUGAGUUCAUCUCAUAAAAAACGGGAGCAAAAACAAAAGUGCUGUGUUUAUAUUUUUGUUGAGUGUAGAUUAAUAUCCAACAUAUGGCAUGUAUGAUAUUCUAAAUGAUUUGUUUUAUGUGUAACAUCUUAAUCUAGAAUUAAAAUCGCUAUCCAGACCACCUCUUCUAAAACAAGCUGCCUGUUUUAAAGCAUACUGUUCAAUUCUGAAUCUUGACAAUCUUCUUCUAGAGAACAACAUGUUCCAGCAGGUGAGGUAAAUAAAUAAAUAAAUAAAUAAAUGAAAAGACAGAGGAAAGUGUUUUCAUUGCUGCCUGUGUAUAUUUAAUUUUCAUGAAACUCCCAGUUGUCUCACACUUCCAGCAAAAAUCGUAUUUUAUCCGAUAGAAAACCCCUCAAUUUUAUAGUAUUAAUGCUAAAACUGUCACCUGCAAUUACACAACCCCUGGUCUUGGAGGAGCUGAGAAGGCACCUUGAAAAUCUCCACACUGUUCCCUCUAGAGGGAGCAGCUCAGUCUCACAAACAUGAUUAGCCUCCAGCCAAUGGUGAUGCUUAGGAGAUUAUUCAAACAGCAUCUAUAAAAAGCUCUCCACUUCACGCUGUGCUCGGAGUAGCAGUGAAGAACACUUGCCGUGGAGUAGCUGGAGAGCCUGUUGCAUACCAUGACUGUGUUUUACCGGAUACUUCUCCUCUUGUCUGUGGCUGUGGCCUCUGUGGCUGCCCGCAGUUCCCAGCGAACAAAAAGAGGGAUAUUCGAACUGGCAGGAGCCAUCAAAUGCAGCACGGGGAGAUCCGCUUUGGCUUACGUGAUGUACGGAUGCUACUGUGGACUGGGUGGUCAAGGCUGGCCCAGAGACAGGGCCGACUGGUGUUGCCACAGGCAUGAUUGCUGUUAUGGAGAUGCAGAACGUUUCGGCUGCCAAACCAAAACAGACCGGUAUCAGUGGACAUGUGAGGACAGGAAAGCUGAGUGUGAUGACCUUGAGGACAAAUGUGAAAAGCUGCUGUGCAAGUGCGACAGAAAUGCUGCCAAAUGUUUGAGAAAAGCACCUUUCAUCCGGAAAUACGCCCUAUGGCCGGACUUUAUGUGUGGCUACGACCAUCCAAUGUGUAAUAUUUACUGACACAGUAAAUGCACCCUUAUAUUCCAGUGUGCCGUUUGUAAAUACAGAAUGUUAAACUCAUAGCGCUGAUAAAAUCUGCUUUAUAUUUUGUCUUUCAAGCCUUUUAUAGCAUGUAUCAUUUUCAGGUCUUUUAAUGAAAUUGUGGAAUGCCACAAUAAGAUGUGCAACAUGUAUUUUUGCUUUAUAUCAAAUGUUAUUUUAAUAAAGGACAAAACUGCUAUUAAA